AUGGGAAACAAGGUGCUGGAUUUACCAAAGUCUGGUAGCAGCGUCAACCGGCUUCACCAAGGCAUGCCCAAAGAUACUAUUCCAGUUGUCAAGACACCAAGACGCCAACGAUCCUCGCGCUUUUUUGCACAGGAUAAUAAGGUUGAGCUGGAACAAUACCCCCGUUUCAGCGAGGUGCCACCGGCACAACGGCCGCAGUUAUUCUUACGGAAGCUAAGCCAGUGCCAGACCAUGUUUGAUUUCAAUGAUCCGUCGUUUGAUCUACGGGGAAAGGAGAUAAAGCGCCAAGCGUUGCAGGAAAUGUUAGAGUAUGUUGCUACGACGCGUGGAGUCAUUACAGAUUCGCUUUAUCCGGAUGUGAUCCGAAUGUUUACUGUGAACACAUUCCGGUCCAUCUCGCCGCAAGUAAAAACAGUAGCCGAAGGUGCAGAUGCCGAGGAAGAAGAGCCUGUCUUUGAAGUGGCGUGGCCCCAUCUGCAACUCGUCUAUGAGUUUUUCUUGAGAUUCGUCGAAUCACCCGAUUUUAAUACACAUGUUGCGAAAAAGUAUAUUGAUCAGAAGUUUAUUUUGCAGCUACUCGAAUUGUUUGACAGUGAAGACCCGCGCGAACGAGACUUUUUGAAAACAACACUGCAUCGAAUCUACGGUAAAUUUUUGGGGUUACGAGCCUUCAUACGACGCUCUAUCAGCAAUAUAUUCUUCCAAUUCAUUUACGAGACGGAAAAGUUUAAUGGUAUUGCCGAAUUGUUGGAGAUCAUGGGAAGCAUCAUCAAUGGAUUUGCUUUACCGCUGAAGGACGAGCACAAGGUGUUUUUGUUCCGUGUCUUAAUACCUCUGCACAAGCCGUCGCCACUAUCGUUAUAUCACCCUCAGCUCGCAUAUUGUGUGGUUCAAUUCCUGGAGAAAGAUCCAACAUUAACUGCCGAGAUUGUUCAAGGAUUGCUACGAUACUGGCCCAAAGUGAAUAGUGCCAAAGAAGUGAUGUUUUUGACCGAGAUGGAAGAGAUUUUGGAUAUUACGGAUGCGGUAGAAUUUCGAAAGAUCAUGGCACCUUUAUUCCAAAAGAUUGGACAGUGCGUUUCCAGCUCCCAUUUUCAGGUUGCAGAGCGAGCCUUAUACUAUUGGAAUAAUGAAUAUAUCGUAAACCUGAUGAGCGAUAAUAUCGACACCAUUAUGCCAGUGGUAUUUCCCGCUUUAUAUCGACAUGCCAAAGUGCACUGGAAUAGGAUAAUCCAUGAACUUGUUUCCGACGCACUAAGGAUUAUGAUGGAAUUGAAUCCCACCUUAUUCGAUCAAUGUUUAAAGAAAUACAUCAAAGACGAUGAAGAGUAA